UCCCUCCAAUGUCCUCUGUAUUCGACUAUAUAAUUCGUCAGCUUGUUUCAAGAGUUACAAAGAACAUUUUACUUUCCACUGCAGAGGGUAGCUUUGAAAUAAGAUUUCAUUUUAUACUAUACUACUAUACUAUAUUACGGUAAUUCUCAUAAGUUUCAACUUUUUUGAUACAUCAUAAACGUUUAUUUUUUAAGAUUAAAAAUAAAGGAACAAGUUUUAAUUACAAUAUGAAGAUUUAUCUUUUACUAUUUGUCUUGGUCAUAAUUACUUGUGUAAUAGCGGAAGAUUAUACUACCAAAUAUGAUGAUAUGGACAUUGACAGAAUUCUACAGAAUGGUCGUAUCCUCACUAAUUAUAUUAAAUGCAUGUUGGACGAAGGACCAUGUACCAACGAAGGUAGAGAAUUAAAAAAAAUAUUACCUGAUGCUCUAUCUACAGGUUGCAAUAAGUGCAAUGAAAAACAGAAACGUACAGCAAAUAAAGUAGUAAAUUAUUUAAAAACCAAGAGACCAAAAGAUUGGGAACGACUUUCCGCAAAAUAUGAUUCUACUGGUGAAUAUAAAAAGCGUUAUGAACAUGUAUUGCAAUUUGCAAAAAAUAAUUAAACUUAUAACAUCUAAAGAAUAAAUUUAUGAAGAAAUUUUAUGUAAUGAAAAUAUAAUAAAUCAAUCUAAUUUACGUAUAGACACUUAAUAAUAAUUUUGUUAUUUUAAAUUGAUAAUUAUAAUAUUUGUUAAAAAUUUCAUCUUAUUGCAUUUAAAUGUUUGAUUAAGUAGUUUCGUUAUAUUAUAUAUACUAAAUAUAUGUAUCUACAUGUUUAUAAAGUAAAUAUAUAUACAUCUUUUU